AUGGACAUCACGUUGGAUGAUAGAUUGAAUGUAUUACAACAAAUAAGUCAACGAAAACUUGUUGAAAUACUGGACGCGAUUCCCGGAACCAAAGACUUAGUAAUAGAGCAGAAACUUAUGAAAAUUUUGGACAGUUUUGUAGGAGUUUCUGUACUCAAACGUUAUGGCGUUGAAAAGAUUUAUAAAAUGGAGCAAGGCUUGAAGCUCUCAAAUUCUCAACACAUCUUUUUGGUUUCAAGUGAUUUGAUUGCUUGCAAAAGGGUACUAGAUCAAAUACAGUCAGAAAUUCCUUCAAAUAUUAAACCACAUGUACAACCAUAUCAUCAUAUUCUAGUUACUCCAUCUGUACCCACUGUUCUUAAUUCAAUAAUCGAAGAAGAAGGAUUAUCUGGAUUAGUUACCUUACAAACAUUAUCUUGGGAAUUUAUAAGAUUAGAUGGGAACAUCUUAUCUUUAGAAAACUGUAUGUUUAUUGAUCUUUACUAUCACAAAGAUACUACAUUACUGCCAGCAUUAGGACGUAGCUUAUGGUCACUGCAACUUAUACUUGGUUCACCUAAAUUAACACUUUCCUUUGGAAAGUACAGUCAGCAAAUGUUCAAAAUUAUGGAGUCAAUGAAACACUGUUUAGGCUCCUCUAAUAUAGAAAAUGAAAUAGGAGCUUUAAUUAUAAUGGACAGGAAUUAUGAUUUGGUUACGCCACUUUUAACCCCUGUAACUUACGCUGGAUUACUACAUGAAGUAGUGGAAAUAAAUGUUGGUACAGGUAUUUUGGGCAAAUCUCAAGUUAAGCUAGAUCCAGAUAAAGAUCAAAUUUACGGGGAAGUAAGAGAUACACCAUGCAGCGAAGUUUUUCCAAUUUUACAUGGGAAAGCUAAAUCUUUAAAAUUGGAACAGAAUGCGAUACAAACAAUGAAGUUAUCCGAAAUGGAAAGAUAUGUAGCGACGAGAUUACAAAAAACUAGAGAUCUAACGCGACAACUUGCUUUUCAUAUUUCUGCUUGCCAGCUGAUAGCAGACACAUUAAGUUCUGACUUUCAAACCUUGCAAAAAAUAGAAAAAUGUAUGCUUGAGUGCAGAGAGAGGAAAGAGUGUUUGAGUCAUAUUGAAAGAUAUGUAGACGAUCAUCCACUGAGAACCUUACGUUUAUUAUGUUUAUUAUCGAUUACAAGCGACGGAAUUACUCAAAAUGAACUGGACUCUAUACAAAAACUUUAUCUUCACGCUCACGGUUAUAAACACAUACCGUUAUUUUAUAAAUUGCAUAGUAUAGGUUUAUUAAAGUAUAGGACAGAAAAUAUUUUACACAAAUUACCAAAUUGGAACAGUGAAUGGAAUAAUAAUGCACAGAAGUUAAAGCUGUUACCCAAUUACAAGCAAAUGGAGCAAAAAAGCCGUUCGUGUGCAAGUUACGUAUUCAAUAAUGUUUACGUACCACUAAUCGCUCAAAUAUUAAAUAUUGUUGUGAAUCAAGAAAAGGAUACUAAGAGUCUUGACGAGUUGACAAAUUUAUCAAACUGCGUCAUAAGUGGUCAACGUGGUUCAUUAUUACCAAAAAUGGUAGUGAUAUGUAUCAUUGGUGGUAUUACCUAUGCCGAAAUAACUGCUUGCCGGUUUAUAGAAAAAUCGACUGGGAUUCGACUUGUACUAACCUCGGAUAAUAUAAUAACAGGUAAUAAAUUGCUGGAGAAGGUGCAAGAUAUAUGAACAUCUUAAAGAUGAUAAUCAAACAUUUGUAACAUUUAUAUAUAAAGUAAUUAUAUAUAAAUAGUAGCAAACAUGGAAGCAUGAAUAUACACUAAAAUAGUGAUUAAUUAUUUA